GUACUCAUACUUGGUCAUUACACACAGAGGCAGCCAACACCUCUUUCCAAAAAUUGUUAGGUUUCCAAGUUCCAAUCUUGGAAAAAAAAAAGAAGAAAAAAACCCCAAAAUCUCAAUGAGCUAGAACAAACCCUAGAUUUCAAAAUCUGAAGAAAAAAAAUCAGAUCUUUUUUCAGUGAUGGGGUGUACACAAUCGAAGAUAGAGAAUGAAGAAGCAGUAUCAAGAUGCAAAGAUCGGAAGCAAUUCAUGCGUGAAGCAGUAACAAAGAGGAAUGAAUUUGCAGCAGCACAUUCAUCCUAUUCAGUAGCUUUAAAGAACACAGGAGCAGCAUUAAGUGAUUAUUCACAUGGUGAAGUUAAUCUAUCAAACCAUCAAGAUCUAUUAAUUAAUCAUAACCUUAAUAAUCUUAGCAACCCAUUACCACCACCACCACCACUACCACCUAAUGCUACACAGCAACCAUCUUAUGAAGCUAAUUUACCCCCACCACCACCCCCAUUACCUAAUUUCUCACCUCAACCUCUUAAACGUGCUAAUACCAUGCCUGAGUUUAAUUUAUCCAAGCCUGAUCUGAAACAGCAGCAGGAGGAUACUAUACAGGAAGAAGAUGAAGAUGAGAAUGGGGGUGAGAGUGUGGGGCAUGAUUUAAACCAUCAUAGAAGAAGUAGAGGUGGGAGAAGUUUGAGUAAUGGUGGUAAACGUGAUGUUAGUAGUAGUGGUGGUGGUGGUGGAGGAGGAGGAGGAUCACAGCAGCCUCCAUCACCACCUCAUACUCCUGUACCACCACCACCACCAGAAUCUAAAGGUAUGACUUGGGAUUAUUUCUUUUCAAUGGAUAUGCCUCAUGUCCUGAAUGAGAAUGAUGAGAUUAGACCUGAUAAUGAUGAAACUGAGUAUCAUAUUCAUAAAAGUACUACUAGUGGGUUUAGAUCAGAGCAUGUUGUUCAUGAUGAUGGUGGGGGUAGUCACAGUAAUGGUCAUGUUCAUGUUAUUGAUGAUGAUGAGGUUGAACCUCAAACACCUGAGAAAGUGGCUGAGCCUCAAGUGCAGAAACCUAAAAUGGUUCAUUCAAAUACUGCUCCUACUGAGAGGACUCAACCAGGAGGAAAAGGUGGAAAGACUGUGAGUUUGUUGCAGGUUUUGGCUGCCUUAGAUGAUCAUUUUCUUAAAGCUUCUGAAAGUGCUCAUGAUGUUUCUAGGAUGCUUGAGGCUACGCGUUUGCAUUAUCAUUCCAAUUUUGCUGAUAAUUCAGCUAAUAUUAAUCACUCAGAAAGGGUUAUGCGUGUUAUUACGUGGAAUAGGUCUUUCAGAAAUAUGGGCAACGGUGACGAUGGGAAGGAUGAUUUUGAUUUAGAAGAUAAGGACGAGACUCAUGCCACUGUUUUGGAUAAGUUGCUUGCAUGGGAGAAAAAACUUUAUGAUGAAGUGAAGGCAGGUGAGCUUAUGAAGCUUGAAUAUCAGAGAAAGGUUGCUUUGUUGAAUAAGCAAAAAAAGCGUGGUUCUAGCUCUGAAGCAUUGGAGAAAACAAAGGCAGCUGUAAGUCACUUGCAUACGAGGUACAUUGUUGACAUGCAGUCCAUGGACUCAACCGUUUCAGAGAUCAACCGUCUGCGUGACAAACAGUUGUAUCCAAAGCUUACUAAGUUGGUCGAAGGGAUGGCUGCAAUGUGGGAGGCAAUGCAGCAACAUCAUGUCAACCAGCUGAAAAUUUCUGCGGGUCUUAAGUUCGUUGAUAUAAACCAGACCACAAAUGAAACAAGUGAACAACACCAUGAGCGAACUAUUCAGCUUUGGGGAGUGGUCCAAGAAUGGCAUGGAAGUUUUUCUAAACUUGUGAGUCAUCAAAAAGAGUACAUACAAGCCCUUAAUAGUUGGUUGAAGCUGAACCUUAUCCCGAUCGAGAGCAGCCUAAAGGAGAAAGUCUCAUCUCCACCAAGAGUGACUCACCCCGCGAUCCAACCCCUAUUGCAAGCCUGGCACGAACAUCUGGAGAAGCUUCCGAAUGAGUUGGCAGGAAAUGCCAUUUUCAGUUUUGCAGGAGUCAUCAACAACAUCAAAAUUCAUCAGGAGCAAGAGAUGAAACUGAAAGAGAAGUGUGACGACACCAGGAGAGAGUUCUCGAGAAAGAGCCGUGCUUUCGAGGACUGGCACCACAAGUAUACACAACGAAGAACGCCACCAGAUGAGAUGGACCCAGAUAGAAGUGAAGAUCCAAACCACAAGGAUCCAGUUGCAGAGAGGCAGUUUGUUGUGGAGAGUUUGAAAAAGAGACUCGAGGAAGAGUUGGAAGAAUAUCACACUCAUUGCAGACAGGUGAGAGAGAAGUCGGUAAUGAGUUUGAGGAAUCACUUGCCCGAGCUAUUCCGUGCCAUGAGCGAUUUCUCUUCUGCAUGUUCAGACAUGUACAAAAGGUUGGAGUCCAUCUCGAAUUCACAGAAGUCAUCUGGAAACCCGGCCUAAAAAAUUUCCUGUGCUAUGUAUAGUUGGUAGCUGUUGUAUUUUAAUGUUAUCUUAAACUAACUUGCUUGUGUUGCAGUUUUUCUGGUGACAGCACUAGAAGUAGUAAUGUAUCUCCGUAACUUAAAUUUUCUUCUUUCCUGUGCACAUAAGGUUUGGUAGUCCUUUAUAAGCUUUACUUAUAUGAAGUUUUUAUCUUUCA